AUGGCGGACACCGCAUAUGCUAGGUUUAAUCUCACGGCUAACUACAGCGGGUUCGACACAACCUUUUAUCGACGUAAAGGCUGCCAGAGUACCACGUGUGAGGGAGUAGAGGAGCUAAGGAAGCUAAUGGAUUCAGGCACUCUGGGAUGUGCAGUCCUUGGGCCCACCUGCACCUACGCUACCUUCCAAGUGGUUGAUGUGGAACAAGGUCUGAAGCUUAGUACGCCAAUCCUCUCGGCAGGAAGCUUUGGUCUCUCCUGCGACGACACGCUAAACCUGCAGCGCCUCCUGCCACCAGCACGCAAGAUCUCUGACUUUUUUAUCAGUUUCUGGAACAACAUCAACGAGAUCAAAUCUAAGUGGGAGUCUGCCUAUGUUUACAAGAAACAGAUCAACACCGAGGAUUGCUUUUGGUACAUAAAUGCACUGGAUGCAGACUCGAGCAUGUUUGCCCAUCAUAUUCAGAGAACGGUGCUACGAACACCAAAAGAACUGAAAAAAGUGCUUUCAUCAACCAAAAACAGGACAAGCAACUUGUUCAUUAUGUGUGGAUCACCAAUGGAUGUAGAGGAGGUGAAAAGUGUCUCCAUAGAGGCAAACAGCAAUGAUAUUAUCUUCAUCCUUAUUGAUCUUUACAACGAUCAAUACUACACCAACACAUCGUCACUGCCAUCCAUGAGGAACGUGUUGGUGCUGACUAUGCCCAACACCAGAAGCUACACCAUCAACACAGACCUGAAAGACAACAACACAAUGAAUGAUUACAUGGCGGCGUACCAUGAUUCUGUGCUGCUAGUUGGCCAGGUGAUGAGAUAUAUUGCUAAAAACAAUCCGUCUGAGAUUCAGCAGAUGGAGUUUGUGAAUGUGAAUUACUUCAGAAACAUCUCUUUUAAUGGAAUUGCUGGGAACUACAAGCUGGACAAACAUGGAGACAGAGACGUGAAUCUCUCAAUCAUUUACACCACUACCAACGACGAGUACAACAUUUUAUUCACAUUCAACACUGAGAACAACCGAACCGAAGUGGUUGAGACACACCCUUCAUUUAUCUGGGGAAAAACACUUCCUGAUUUCACGCCAGACCUAGAGCCAGGCACACCAUCUAAUGACAUCAUUGUCAGUGUGUUGGCUGUGACAGUGGUUGUAGUGGCCACCAUGGCCUUCAUUUUCUACCGACGGACCAGGAGAGAGCGCAGGGUCAGGAAGCGCUGGUCCCAUAUCGCCUCUGAUCUUAUCACACCGCUGGAGAACAACCAACUCAAUGUCAUCUCUCUUAAGAUUGAAGACGAGAGCAAAAAUGUGAAAAUCCAGAUCCGCCGUGCGCUCUACGAUAAGAAGAUUGUGAUUCUUAAGGAGCUGGAGCACUCAGAUGGCAACUUUAACGAGACCCAGAUGAUAGAACUCAAUGACCUCUUGCAAAUCGACUACUACAACCUCACAAAGUUCUAUGGCACAGUGAAGUUUGAUGAGGGCGUGUUUGGCGUGUUUGAGUAUGGAGAGAGGGGGUCGCUCAGGUCUGUGCUGAGCGAUAAGGUUUCCUACCCAGAGGAGACCUUCACAGACUGGGAGUUCAAGAUCUCCGUUAUGUACGACAUCGCCAAGGGCAUGUCCUAUCUCCAUGCCAGUCACAUCCAGGUGCAUGGUCGCCUCAAGUCCACCAACUGUGUGGUGGACAAUCGCAUGGUGGUGAAGAUCACAGACUUUGGCUGCAACAGCUUUCUUAGGCCCGGCAGAGACUUAUGGACUGCUCCGGAGCAUCUGAGGAGACAGGGCACCUCUCAGAAAGGAGACGUCUACAGCUUCGCCAUCAUCGCUCAGGAGAUUGUUCUCAGAAAGAGCACCUUCUACACCAAGAGCUGCUCCGACAGAGCAGAAAAGCUUGCCAGGGUCAUCAUGUCCUACUUCAGACCUGAUCUUAACUUUGAGACAGCUUCAGAGAAAGAACGGGAGGUGUGCAUGUUGAUAAAAAGCUGCUGGGAUGAGGAUCCAGAAAAAAGACCUGACUUUAAGAAGGUGGAAAACUGUCUGGGGAAAAUCAUCAGUAAAAUCCAUAACCAGGACAAUGAGAGCUACAUGGAUAACAUGAUCAGGCGACUGCAGAUGUAUUCCAGAAACCUGGAGCACCUGGUGGAGGAGAGAACGGCCCUCUACAAAGCUGAGAGGGACAGGGCAGACUGCCUCAACUUCAUGCUGCUUCCUCGCCCAGUGGUGAAAAGCCUGAAGGAGACUGGUGUGGUGGAGCCAGAGCUGCACGAGGAAGUGACGAUAUACUUCAGCGACAUCGUCGGUUUCACCACUCUCUGCCAGUACAGCACACCGAUGGAAGUUGUGGACAUGCUCAACGACAUCUACAAGGGCUUUGACAGCAUCGUCGACCACCACGACGUAUACAAGGUGGAGACGAUUGGGGACGCCUACAUGGUGGCCUCUGGGCUUCCAAAGCAAAAUGGGAACAGGCAUGCGGUGGAUAUCUGCCGCAUGGCGCUGGACAUCUUGGCGUUCAUGGGAACCUUUCAGCUCCGACACCUGCCUGGCAUCCCUGUGUGGAUACGCAUCGGCAUUCACUCUGGUCCCUGUGCAGCAGGUGUCGUUGGGCUAAAGAUGCCCAGAUAUUGUUUAUUUGGAGACACGGUCAACACGGCGUCUCGUAUGGAGUCUACAGGACACCCCCUGCGCAUCCACGUCAGUCAGCCUACUAUAAAUAUCCUGAAGAGGACAGACUACAAGUUUGAGUAUGAGAUCAGAGGAGAAACAUAUCUUAAGGGCAAAGGCACGGAGACAACCUACUGGCUGACAGGUGAGACGGGCAAAGACUACAACCUCCCAGCUCCACCCACAACGGAGAACUUCCAGCGGCUUCAGCAGGACCUCGCCCACAGGAUCCUGGCGUGUCUGGAGCGGCGAUCUCGAGGCUCCAUCCGGAGGAAGAAGACUCUCUCGAGUCAGAGCAAGGACGACGACGACGACAAGGACGGGGAAUCAGGGGUGGAGUCUGAGAGUGACCAUCCCGAGUACCUGCAUCUGGCCACUGUGGACAACACCCUCAGCACCUUCCUGUAGUACACACCCACUGCUGAGUACAUCACUGUACGUUAUUACUUUAUUUCUGUGGUUAUUACACUAUUCAGUGAGACUGGGAAGGUAACCAGCAGGAGGCAGAGAGGGAACUGGUCAGAAGUACAGCCAGCAGAGAUGUGGAGAUGAACUGAUCAGUUCCGUCCAAUUUGAGGCUAAACUUUGGCUAUGAGGAGCAUUAAUGUCUCGACUAAAUCCAAGUACUGUUCUUAUACAUAUGGACCUUUCUCCUGCAUUUUCUUCUCAGGUUCAUUGAUUGUUUAAAUAUGCAAUUUAUAUAGUGCUUGGUCUAAAAUGGGGUAAUAAAGACCUAAAAGGAUCCUGGGUAAACACGACUAUAAAUAUUCCUAUAAUGUGUCACUCACAUAUUUGAAAGGAACUAGUGUGUGCGUGUGUGUCCCUGUUUAUCAACAGGACAAGAUGAGGGAA